AUGUCACCUGAGGAUAAAUUUGUACUGGAAGAAUUCAAGAAUUCCAUCAAUAUGGUUGAAGGACGAUAUGAGGUAUCUCUCCCCUGGAAAGUCGAUAAGAAACAACUCCCUACCAACUUAGCACUCUCGAGGAAAAGACUGAACAGUACUAUUCACAAGCUGAAACAAACUAAUAAGUAUCUGGAAAUUUAUGACCAGAUCAUCAAAGAACAACUGUCUCUCGGCUUCAUUGAAACAGUGCCAGAAGAAGACCAAAACCGGACAAAUGUCCAUUAUUUACCCCAUUUACCUGUGAUUAAGGAUUCAACUACAACGCCCAUUCGUAUUGUAUUUGAUGCAAGUGCCCGGAUGGACAAGCAGGCCCCUAGCCUGAAUGAUUGCUUAUACUCUGGCCCAUCCUUGACUAGUCAUUUAACCGACUUGUUGUUGAAAUUCCGUCUCGACCCAUUUGCGGUAUCGGCAGACAUCAGCAAAGCCUUCUUACGGGUAGGUCUCCAACCUAGGGAUCGUGAUUAUACACGUUUCAUUUGGCUAAAAGAUCUUAACAAUGAAAAGGACCUUCAAGCCUAUAGGUUUAGAUCAGUUCUCUUUGGAGCCACCUGCUCGCCUUUUUUACUCCAGUCAACCUUGCAACAUCACUUUGAAACCUACCCCACUUCACCUGAAGUUAGUUUCCUCAUGACCAAAUUUUAUGUGGACAACUUAAUUGGUUCCUUACCAACAACAGUCAGCCUCUACAGCCUUUACAAGGUUGCAAAGGAAGUCCUGUCAGAUGCCGGAAUGCCUUUAAGAGAAUGGAUCAGUAAUGACCCAACCUUCAACGAAAUAGUAAAACAAGAAGGAUUGUUUGCUCCCAUAAUUGUACGAGCCAAAGUUCUUAUGCAAAAGAUCUGGAAACUAUCUAAAAGGUGGGAUGAUGUUUUGCCACCAGAACUUCAAGAAGAGUGGUCGAAGAUCAAGAAAGACCUCGAGAACAUAGCAUACCAGGAAUUCCCACGCUUCACAGCCAACAGAGGGACCAACUACUCUCUUCACGUAUUCUGUGAUGCUAGUGAAAAGGCCUAUGGGGCUGCAGCCUAUUUGAUGGACCAACACGCAGGUGCGAACCUAGUUUUCUCUAAAGCAAGAGUCGCCCCUCUCAAAAAGAAAAGCAUACCACAACUUGAGCUGACUGCCAACUAUAGUGCAGUCAAAAUAGCUGACUACCUCAGAACUGUUUUCACUACUGAUGGUGUCAAGAUUACUUGA